AUGGCCGCCCCAGUCGUUACCGUCUCCGCAUCCGGCGAGUUCCAGCGACCGGACUCAGCCUUUCGCAACUUUGUUAGUCGAGAGCCCGGCGCUCAGUUCCCGUCCGAGGCAGGCCGGUAUCACUUGUACAUCAGCCAUGCGUGCCCAUGGGCUCACAGGGCCAUGGUCGUCCGCCAGCUCAAAGGCCUCCAGGAGAUCAUCUCCGUCACGAGUGUGCACAACCACGGGGGAGCACCAGGCUGGAAGUUUGCUGUCGCUGGCCAAGAAAGGCCUGAGAUUAACAUAGUCCGCGACCCUCUGCAUUCGGGCACCAAGUAUCUUGGGGACAUCUACCGCGCCGAGAACCCGCAGUACGAGGGUCGCUUCACGGUGCCGUUGCUCUACGACAAAAUUGCCAAGAAGAUUGUCAACAACGAGAGUCAAGACAUCAUUAGAAUGAUGAACCGCGAGUUCGAUCAUCUCCUCAAAGAUGCGCAGAAGGAAGUAAACCUGUACCCGGAUGACCUAGCCCCCGUCAUCGAUGAAGCGAAUGAGUGGAUCUAUAACGGUAUCAAUAAUGGCGUCUACAAGGCCGGGUUCGCCCAGUCCCAAAAGGCGUACGAAGAUGCCGUUACGAAUGUCUUCAUUGCUCUCGAUCGUGUAGAAGCGAAGCUCUGUGAGGGGCCCUUCUUCUUCGGCCAUCGCAUGACGGAGACGGACGUCCGGCUCUAUACGACGUUGGUGAGAUUCGACCCCGUGUACAACUACCACUUCAAGUGCAAUAUCAGGGACAUCCGGUCCGGUUACCCAGCUAUCCACGAUUGGUUGCGCCGCAUGUACUGGGACGUCGCGGCGUGUAGAGAUACAACGCACUUUCAGAUCAUCAAGGAUAACUACACCAAGGACCAGACCAACAUCAAUCCCUUCGCCAUCACCGCCAUGGGACCGGUGCCGCACAUUCUGCCCAAGGACGAGGAGGUCGCAAGUGCAAAGCGAACAAGUCAGCGGGACUGA